AAAAAGGGAGGGCAAAUAGUGGAGGCAGGGAGAGGGGAAGAGAGUAUGACCGACGCUCCUCGUUCCAGGAAAAUAGCCUAUUUAUGAAGACUACACUAGCACAUUGUAAAACUAUGAUAAUGUGAACUCAUACUGCAUACUAUCACUCUGAUCUGGACACAUGUAAAGAAAGUACAGCCAGCUGACUUGUAAACAUAGAUCAGACACAGAUACAGAAACCAGCCUCAGUUAAGACAUACUGUUUCCUGUCCGGAGACCUUGGAUUGCGAGCGUCUUUCUCCAGCGCUAACACCAGGUGUUUUUGGUAUCUCAUCCGUGAGAAGUGUGACCUUUGUGACCUGGGUAUAUUUGGUCUUCUCCACCAGCAGAAGGAAUAAUUCUCUUGCAAGUCAUCCCUAAACACAGACUCUGAGUCCAGAAAGAGACAGUGGUUUGGCAGUAUCCAGGGAUGGUAGAUAACUCCUUUGUGAGUGAAGACACUUUUCUUCUUUACAGCGGUGCUCCAGUGGCCUGCCAGCAAUCUGACAUGGUCAAGGACUUGGGCUCCUACCAGGUUAUGCCGUCACCAUUUUCGGAGGAGGACCUGAGCGACUCAUCCAGUCCUCGUUCCUGCUCCAGCCCAGACUCCCAGGUGCUGAGCUCCAGCUAUGGUAGCAGCUCUAGUGCUGAAAGUCAGGACAGUAUGCUGGACCACCUGCUGUCUCAGGCCUCCUUAGGGAGUGCCAACAGCGUUACCACAGAAUCCGUGGAUCCUAUGCCAUUAUCCACUUUGCUGUGGGAUUCACGGAAAGAAGAGCCGUUCAAACGUGAGCAAGUAAAGGAGGAAAAUUUUGACUUCUUCACCUGGACCCAUGGUGAGCUAAAAGAACAGCUUGUAGGGUGUUUCCAGCCCACGCUGGAAGAGAUAGAAGAAUUCCUGGAGGAGAACAUGGACGUGGUGACAAUGAAACAGGAGAUCCGAGAGGAUUGCCCAGAGUUGGGAGUAACGCAGGAGUCUUUUGGUCUAGAAGUUGGCCUGGAGUGGUGCGUAGAGGCCUCCCCUGAGCCUAAAGUAGAGCCAGAGGCAAAGUAUUCUGACCAAACUGUUCCCACUGUCGGCACUGCAGGUCUGGUGGCUGUUGCGUCUAGUGACACCAAAACCACAAGAAUUAACCCCACACAGGAGUCCAGCACAGGGGCCAAGAAGGAAUCCACUAACAAACCUUCAUCUUCAGACAGCGACACAAAUGGUAAUGGAAUGCCGGUCAUUCUGCAAAUCCAGCCUAUACAGAUCAAGCAGGAGCCUACAGUGCCACCACUUACUCCAGCAGCCCAUCCCCCACAGCCUGCCCCAGCCUCAGACAUCAAAAUUGCACAGCUACUGGUCAACAUCCAAGGUCAAACUUUUGCCCUUGUGCCCCACAUCCUGCCCUCCCCCAGCCUUAACGUCUCCUCAAAGUUUGUACGAAUCGCUCCAGUCCCAAUUGCAGCCAAACCUCUUGGGCUCGGGGACAGCUCUACUAGCCAGGCAUCAGGAAUCCUUGUUGGCGGACAAAAAUUCCAGAAGAACACAGUGGCGGAUCUCAUCAAAAUGCACAAAUGCUCUUUUCCUGGCUGCACCAAGAUGUACACCAAGAGCAGCCACCUGAAGGCCCACCUGAGGAGGCACACAGGGGAGAAGCCUUUUGCCUGCAACUGGCAGGGCUGCGGAUGGAGGUUCUCACGUUCAGAUGAGCUGUCGCGUCACCGGCGGUCCCAUUCGGGGGUUAAGCCCUACCAGUGUCCUGUAUGUGAGAAGAAAUUCGCCCGCAGUGACCAUCUGUCAAAACACAUCAAAGUCCACCGUUUUCCUCGAAGCAGUCGGACAGUCCGCUCAGCAAACUGAUGCUCCACCUGCUGAGAUUACUGGGAUCACUGGGAAUCCUUGGAACACCCUCGUACUAUAUCAGUACUUUUUAAAAUUCUUUCCCCCCCUUUUUUUUGUCGUGUCAUCAGCAAGUCAUCUGGAACAUGUGAGUUGAAGCAAACCUCAGUUGGCGUUAGAGUGGUCUGGGAUUGUUAUUGUAAGAAACCAACACGCUUACCAUCCUGUCUGUAAUCAGCUGAAGGUUGAUGUCGGUGCUUUGGUCGGUUGUGCACUGUUCUUAUCACCUGCCUGAGAAGAAAAUAAGAUAAGCUUAUUUCGGUUCAGUCUGGAUUAUGUGAUACGUUUGGUAAUAGCCUUGCAUUUCCAUUCUAACUGGAUACAGGAGCUGCCAUUUAUUUUCCUGAAAGCUGCUAAUGUCUCAGACAUGUUAAAUUUAUGCAAUGUUUCAGAAGUGAAACUCACUUGGAUCCUCAUCAGCUACUACCCGAGUCGUAGUUACUUUUCCUUGGGUCCAGAGCGCUUUCUCUCAAGGUUUUGUCCUGUUGUUUUUGCUGCCUUGCACCACUGUUAAUUGACUAAUAACUGUGGAUAACUUUCUAUUCAGCUUGUGUCUGAAACACAAUGAGGGAACUGUUUUACUGACGUGGACAUGAACUACUGAUUGCAUAACAAAAGGAAUAAAACAUGAUAAGCUAUCAGGACUCCUCUUACUUUUUACAGGAACUUUGUAAACUGAUGUAAAGAGGAGAGCUAAAAAGUGACAAACUCAAAGGUUAAGUGCACAGUGAUUGUUAAAACUGGCCUUCUGAUCAGUGUUAAAUGUUAUUUGUUGAAUUUUAAGCCAAGUCAUGUCUACCUGCUUCCUGGUCUUCUGUUUGUAUCAUAGUUUAAGCCUUACUGUAACAAAAACAAAAUCAUUGUUGGAGCGUGACAUUGUUCUGGAAAUCAAGCUUCUCAUUGCAAUGUGCUGUUUGACUGUUCACAACAGGGCCCUGAACUAAAAUUGUUGCCUACAUCUGCUAGUUUUACCUGAUCUAUUACUUUGCUGAUGACACAAUUUCUGCCUCGACUCUGCUUUAUCUGUUACUCGAAACGCCCUGACGGCCUUCCACCUCAGCCAGCGAGUAUCUUACCUUGAGGGGAUGAAUGAAUUCCCACACACCAUGGUGCUGACCUGCCAUGAGCUGGAGAAUGUGGUGGCAACGUCCCCAAAUUUUUGAAUGUUUUUAUUUCUCUCGAACAUUAUUUGCUGUGUGUACAACAGCCCGUAGGGGUGCGACUAUGCCGUCCAUGUAUAAUUCAUGUCUGUAUAGUGACAACAUGCAGGGGUACACAACAUUGUACAUCAUUCCUUUUAUUCAAUUUUGAAUUUUUAAUGCUUGUGUCAGCACAGGCGUUUUAUCGCAUCCUAUGAAUGUAUGUAAAUAUACAGGCGCGCACAUCGCUGCAUCCAGGAAACACACAGAGACUAUUCUGAUGAUUUAUAGUUUUCAACCCUAAAUGUGUACAUAACAUUUCAGUACAUAUGGAUAUAUUAUAUAUUUUUCCUUUGUUCUAUCCAAGAUGCAUUUACAAAUAAAAGUGAAAAGAAUCAGU